AUGCGUCUGCCCUCCUCCUCCUCCCCUGCGUCUUGCACGCGGUGGCUCCCGCCCCUUCUCUACGCAGCGCUGGCCCCGUCCGUCGAUGCUGCCAACAGCUCGCUGCCCACGUGGCUCGCCUAUGUCACCGGCGGCUUAUUGGUCAUAAUUAUCGUCUAUUAUUGCUGUCGCCGCGCGCGAUUCGACGAAAACCUGCAACAGCCGCUUCUGGGCGGCCAGUACACGGAAGACGGGCAGCCCAUGACGCGCCAAGACGUGCAAGAGUCGCAGGACGAAGUGACGACGCAGUGGCAGUGCGAAGUGUGCGACUUCCAGAACAAGAGCUCGACCAAAGCCUGUGUGCUCUGCGGCACAGAGCGCGGCUUUAGCCUCGGCCUGCACUCGCCGCCGGCCCGUGCCACGACGUCAACGACGACGUCGUUUACAGUGGGGACGGACGUCCCGCGGGAAAAGAGUUUCAACCGCACGCGGUCGUUUGCCAUUCGACGGCUCAAUAUGCUCAACGCCCGUCAACGGGGCGCACGGAAUCGACAGGACUGGGUCCGGAAAGUCGGUACUGAUGGCAAACGCUAUUGGGCCAAGCGAGAGCUGCCGUUCCCGUUGGGCAAUGCCAAACCCUUGACAGACAAGACGAGUCAAGCAGUUUCGACUGAUGAGAGUGUCCAGGUGCCGAGUCUUCGGCUCGAUAUCUCGGUCACAGACGCUGGACUGCUGUCGCCAAAGAGCGGGACAGGUGCUGCUGGUACUGUGGCAGGGACGACGGAUGCUGGAAAGGAACUGGUCCAUCAGCCGUCAUUGGCGUUUGUGUCGCAAUUGGCGCAAACGCCGCGUCAUCCGGAGGGCCGCAUGACUUUUAAAGAGUAUCGUGAAGUAGACGCUCGUGUCGCGUCUCGGGGCUAUGAAAUUUCGGAACAGGAUUUGGAAAUUCUCGAGCAAGUGGCGGCGUUGCCGUUUAAGGACAAAUACGCUUGGUUUUUGGAACAGACGUCGGCUUUGAUUAAACCGUGGGAGGAUGGGCAUUUGAAAAUGCGGGUCCACCGUGAAAAUAUACUGGUCGAGUCUAUGGAACAAUUGCUGGGUGUGCAGAUGGAGCACAUACAUAUGCCGCUUCGUAUUGAAUUUAUUGGUGAAGUGGCUAUUGAUGCAGGCGGAUUAGAGCGCGAAUGGUUUUCGCUCGUGACGGAGCGUCUGUUUGAUGAAACAAUUGGUCUGUUCAUGUGUGCGCACGUGGACUCACUGGCUUACGUUAUUAAUCCGAACUCAGUUGAGGCCUCGGCUGACCAUCUGCUAUACUUUCGGGGUGCAGGUCGAUUGCUCGGUCGUGCUUUGCUGGAAGGUCAAUUGAUGAAGGCUCACUUGGCGCUUCCUGUGCUAAAGCAUUUGCUUGGCGUUCCUAUUUCGUUUAGUGAUUUGGAGUUCUUUGACCAGGAAGUGCACAAUUCGUUGAAGUGGAUGAAAGAGAAUAAUGGUGUGGAUGCACUUGGUCUGGACUUUACUGUUACAAAUCGCAAAUUGAACGGCGAGGUGGAAACUAUUGAGUUGAAGGAAGGCGGCAAGGACAUUGAGUUGACAGACGAGAACAAGCAGGAGUACAUUUAUUUGCGUCUACGCUACAUCAUGCUGGAUUCGUAUGCUGAACAGCUACAGCACCUCAUGGCUGGAGUAUUUGAGGUAAUUCCGCAGGAAUUGAUCCUCGUCUUUGACUACCAAGAGCUGGAGCUGGUGCUGUGUGGCGUACCUUCUAUUGAUGUGGAUGAUUGGAAAGCGCACACCCAGGUCUCGGAUGAGCUGCCUGAGGAGCUGCUUUCGUGGUUUUGGGAAACCGUAGAAGCGUUCACGGACGAGGAGCGGGCACGUUUAUUACAGUUUACUACGGGCUCGUCGCGUGUGCCCGUGCAGGGUUUUAAGGCACUUACGAGCUAUGACGGGCGCAUUUGCCACUUUACGCUAAAGGCCGUUACUUUCCCGGAAAAUGCCUAUCCGCGGGCGCAUACGUGCUUCAACCGCAUUGACUUGCCGCUGUACAAGUCGAAGAAGGAGCUGGAGGAAGUGUUGUCGUUGGUGAUAAACAUGGAAGUCACGGGUUUUACGGAUGAGUAA